GUCACGCCCAUGCACGUGAAACUAAGUCUAAGAUGGCGGAGCAGUUCAAGGAGUUUGCCGGGCGCAUGGGAAAGGCUCCCCGAGGCUUAGGGACAGGCUUUAAACUUCUAGCUGCUGCAGCUUUAGCUGGCUAUGGAAUCAAAGAGUCCGUUUAUACUGUGGAUGGUGGUCAUCGAGCCAUUAUUUUCAGCAGAAUAGGAGGUGUCCAGGACACAGUUUACACAGAGGGCCUACACUUCAGAAUCCCAUGGUUCCAAUACCCUAUUAUUUAUGACAUCCGUUCAAGACCAAGGAAGAUCAUCUCACCAACUGGAAGUAAAGAUUUACAGAUGGUAAAUAUUGGUCUCCGUGUACUGGCCAGACCUGAGGCUAAUAAACUCCCACCUAUGUACAGAAAACUUGGUCUGGAUUUUGAUGAGAGAGUUCUUCCCUCUAUCAUGAAUGAGGUUCUUAAGAGUGUAGUGGCCCAGUUCAAUGCAUCACAGCUGAUCACCAUGCGACAACAGGUCAGUCUGCUGAUCAGGAGGCAGCUGAUGGAGAGGGCUAGAGACUUCUACAUCAUCCUGGAUGAUGUGUCUAUUACUGACCUGAGUUUUGGCAAGGAGUACACUAGUGCCAUUGAGGCUAAACAAGUUGCCCAACAGGAAGCUCAGCGUGCACAGUUCAUCGUAGAGAAAGCCAUCCAGGAAAGGCAGCAGAAGAUUGUACAAGCUGAGGGAGAAGCCCAAGCUGCUAAACUUCUUGGUGAAGCUUUGAAGGAUAACCCUGGAUAUUUGAGAUUGAGAAAGAUCCGUGCCGCCCAGAAAAUCUCUAGAGUGAUUGCCGCAUCUCAAAACCCAGUGUAUCUUGAUUCUGAUGGUCUGCUGUUGAAUCUUCGCCAUGCAGAUGUCAUCGACGAUACAUCAUAUUUGAAGAAAGAGAAGUGAAUGGAGGCAUGACAUGAACUUCAAGUAGAUAGGCUGCUGAUAUCAUGGGAACUGUAUCCGAGGGUGCGGUGUCAGUCAGCUUUUUGUGUUAAGCAAUUGACUUGGAAUAGUGAUAGCAUCACACUGAGAAUAUGCUUACUAUAACUGGCCAUACAUGAGCCUUGCUAUAAACGUGUACUUGGUUUAAGAUAAUAAAGAACAAAUGGAAUGCU